AUGCACCUGACGACGGUGUCGGGCUCGCCGGUGAUCUACACCACGGUGUCGUCGCAGGUGCUGGCCAGCGGCCCGGUCACCGUGCCGACCCUGGUCACGGCCAGCUUCCCGCUCCUGGUCGAUGCCGACCGGCUGCCCAUCAGCAAGCUGUCGCCCUCCUCCGGCAGCCGGUCUUACGGCUCGUCGGGCGGCCAGAGCAGCCCCGAGGAGCCGCCGCGCAAGAGCUCGCACAACGCCAUCGAGAAACGCUACCGCACUAGCAUCAACGACAAAAUCCAGGACAUGCGCAUGCUGGUGUGUGGGCCCGAAAGUGACUCCAAGAUGACCAAGUCCGCGAUCCUGAAGAAGGCCAUCGACUACAUCCGCUUCUUGAGGCACCAGAACCAGCGGUUCCGCGAGGAGCUGCGCCUGCUGCGCAAGCCGCUGGAUCCGUCGACGGCGCGGUUGGAGGACCUGCUGCGGCCGUCCCGCCAGUCGUUCGAGUUCGGCCUGCCCAGCCCGCCGGGUCUGUCGGACCGCACGCGCAUGACGCUCUGCAUGUUCCUGCUCGCCUUCCUGGCGUUCAACCCGGUGCGCCAGGUGACGGAGUGGGGCCGGGACACGCUCGUGCCGGGCACACUGGACGCGCCCGUCGCCGGCCGCACCAUGCUCUCGGCCGAACCAGAGGCCAGUUCUUGGUGGAGCGUGCUCUUCUCGCCGUUCACCGUGUGGGUGACCAACAUCAUCAUUUUCCUCAUCUGCUUGCUCAACAUCUUCAUCUAUGGCGAGCCCAAGGGUCGGAUAUCCGAGGCCACCGACCACCUGGAGCGCAGCCUGCGCUACAUCGGCAAGCCGGUGCCGACGUCGCGGCUGAACUGGCUGGUGGCGCUGCUGUGGCAGGUGUUCCGCCAGGCGUCGCACCACAUCCCGGGCGGGCUGUGGCUGGCGCGCCGCGGACACCGCGUCCUCAUGUCCAGGCGUGAGCGAGAGGACCUAUACAUGAUGUCGGCCGGCUACGCGCGCGUCUACCACCGGCUGCACCAGCUGAGCCUGUCGGACCACGGGCCGCUGAAGCAGGCGCUGCCGGACCUGCUCGGCUGGCUGGCCCGCCUUAUCAUGACCAAGGGUCUGCACGGCCUGGAGACGGUGCCCGUCAGCAUGCGCUGGCUGGCUACCAGCGACGGCAUGCGCUUCUUCAUGGAGCACAAGUGGACGUACGAGAAGGAGCGCAACAGCAUGUUCUCGUGGGCGCCGCCGGCCAGCCCACUCCUCUACGUCCGACAGUUGUUCCACGAGCACCUGCUGGAGCGGACGCUACAAACGCUGACGAUGCCGGGCGCGCGCUGCGUGGACGUGUGCGACGCCGACCUGCUUCGGCGCAGUCACGUGACGGACGCGCUGCGCUACUGCCAGCUGGACGAGCGCGCCGACCAGGUGUUCGGCCGCGUGGAGGCGCUGCCGGCGCCGCUGCACGACACCGAGGACCCGCUGCCGCGCGCCGUCCGCGUGGCCGUGCAGGCGUGGCGGAGUCAGCACCUGCAGCUGCUGGUGUGCGACCUGCUGCUGCAGACGCGCACGGCAGUCUGGGAGCAGUCGCGUCGUGUGUUCCUGCACGAGGCCACGGUGCGCAUGAUGGCCGGCGCUGCGCCCGGCCGCACCCAGCAACUGCUCGAGCGCUCGCUGCGCCACAGGAACGGCCGCACCUACUCGUCCGUCAUUUGCGGCUCCGAGAAGCAGCCGCACCAGUACGUGGGCGAGCGGGAGCACGCCAUCGCGCUCAUGAUGGCCUGCAAACACCUGCCGGAGGACCUGAUCUCGUGCCCGGGCGAGCGGAUCGGCGACCGGCGCCGUCUGAAGGACUGCUUCAGCAUGAUGAAGUCAAUCGGCGCCUCCUUCCCCAGCGCCAGCUGA